AUGUCGGAAAUUGUGGAUACCGAAUUAUUAGUCAAUUGCACAGUGCUAGCUGUGCGACGGUUCGAAUUGAAUAGCAUUGUGAAUACGACGCUAUUGAACAGCUUAAAUCGCACCGAGGUGACCAGCCUGCUGUCCGGCAUCAUCGAGAACAAGGAUAAUCUCGAAAGCAUCAAUGAGGCAAAAGAUUUCCUCACUGAAUGUCUAUUUCCAUCACCGACGCGACCCUACGAAUUGCCAUGGGAACAAAAAACCAUUUGGGCCAUUGUGUUCGGACUGAUGCUAUUCGUGGCCAUUGCGGGAAAUGGCAUUGUGUUGUGGAUUGUGACGGGACAUCGCAGCAUGCGAACGGUCACAAAUUACUUCCUGCUAAACUUGAGUAUUGCGGAUCUGCUAAUGUCCUCGCUGAAUUGUGUUUUCAACUUUAUAUUCAUGCUGAAUUCGGAUUGGCCAUUUGGCUCGAUUUAUUGCACAAUCAAUAAUUUUAUGGCCAAUGUUACGGUUUCCACUUCAGUCUUCACCUUGGUGGCCAUCUCCUUUGACAGAUAUAUCGCGAUUGUGCAUCCACUGAAGCGUCGGACGUCGCGGCGGAAGGUGCGCUUUAUACUGGUGCUGAUCUGGGCCCUGAGUUGUGUUCUGUCAGCGCCCUGCCUGCUCUACAGUAGCACCAUGACAAAGCGCUACUAUAAUGGAAAAUCUCGCACGGUGUGCUUUAUGAUGUGGCCGGACGGACGUUAUCCUACAUCGAUUACGGAUUAUGUCUAUAAUCUCAUUAUUCUGGUGCUGACCUACGGCAUACCCAUGAUUGUGAUGCUUGUAUGUUAUACGCUGAUGGGACGCGUCCUUUGGGGCAGUCGCUCUAUUGGCGAGAAUACGGAAAGGCAAAUGGAGUCUAUGAAGUCGAAGAGAAAAGUCGUGCGAAUGUUCAUCGCUAUUGUCUCGAUAUUUGCCAUUUGCUGGCUACCCUAUCACAUGUUCUUCAUCUAUGCCUAUCAUAAUAAUCAGGUGGCGUCGACCAAGUAUGUCCAGCAUAUGUACCUCGGUUUCUACUGGCUGGCCAUGUCAAAUGCCAUGGUGAAUCCCAUUAUUUACUACUGGAUGAACAAGCGGUUUCGCGUCUAUUUCCAGAGCAUCAUUUGCUGCUGUUGUGCCAGCUUUAAGCGCCACAAAUUCGACUCGCCCAAAAGUCGACUAACGAACAAAAACAGUUCGCAACGCCAUACCAGAGCCGAACAAAAGAGCAUGUGGAAACGCAGCACUAUGGAGACACAAAUCCAACAGGCCGCCACCACCUCCUUCCGCGACAAGCAGCCGGCAACACUGCAGAGCAUGAAUCGGGCCGCUGUCGAGUGCAUUAUGGAGCGGCAUCCAGAUGGCAACAGCUCGCCCAUUUGCCUCUCCAUACACAACGGAGCCGGCGAAAGACACCAUCUGAAAAUCAAAUAUAUCUCAUGUGAUGAGGACAAUAACCCCGUCGAGCAAUCACAAUCACAAUCGCAGUCGCAGUCGAGCUCGCAUUCGGAACACACCAGCCAUGGCCAACAGGGACGAGUUAACAAGCAUGUCUCUAAAACGGCUAUUAAGCAGCUGUGA